AUCUUGCAGCGGGCACCGUCCCGCCGGUAGCGGGGCGCGGCCCGGCCGGCCCGGCCAUGGAGCCGAGCGGGGGGCGGAAGGAGAGGCCGAAGGGCCGGGAGCCGGCGGCGCGCCUGGAGAAGGCCAAGCAGAGGGCGGCCCAGCAGGAGCUGAAGCAGCGGCAGCGCGCGGAGAUCUACGCGCUGAACCGCGUGAUGACGGAGUUGGAGCAGCGGCAGUUCGACGCCUUCUGCAAGCAGAUGCAGGCCGGCGGAGAGUGAGGGCCGGGCCGCCUGCCCGCCCCCUUCCCGAGCUCACUAUUCAUGCCUUCGCCCUGACGAACUCCUCCUCGUUGCUUUUUUCUGCUUUCUUUUUAUCUUGUUUUUUUGUUAUCUCUAAAUAAAAGCUGCGGUCGUUCCUCCUUC